AAUUUUCCUAUGAGAAAAGUUCCAUGUAAGAAGGAUGCUCCAUCAGGAUCUUUUUUUGCCAGAGACAAUACAGCCAACUUUCUUAACUGGUGUAGAGCCAUUGGAGUUGAUGAGACAUACCUCUUUGAAUCUGAAGGCUUAGUGUUGCACAAGGAUCCAAGACAAGUGUAUCUUUGUCUUCUGGAAAUUGGGCGCAUUGUAUCCAGGUAUGGAGUUGAACCUCCUGUACUUGUAAAACUAGAGAAGGAAAUUGAGCUAGAAGAAACCCUGCUGAUGACCUCUGGGCCACCAUCACCUCUUAGCACACCAAAGUCAUGUUGUCACCAUGGGGAGCUACAUGAGGCAGUAAAACAUAUAGCAGAAGAUCCUCCCUGCAGUUGUUCCCAUCGAUUUUCAAUUGAAUACUUGUCGGAGGGACGUUAUAGGCUGGGAGAUAAAAUACUCUUCAUACGAAUGCUACAUGGCAAGCAUGUGAUGGUACGUGUUGGUGGAGGCUGGGACACUCUUCAAGGUUUUCUGCUCAAAUAUGAUCCAUGCCGAGUGCUUCAGUUUGCAACUCUGGAAGAAAAAAUCCUGGCGUUUCAGAAAGGGGUCACCAGUGACAGUGUCCCCAGCUUGUCAGCUAGAAAUCAGGAGCCUCCUCUUAUGAAUCCAAUGUCAGCUGUCAAUAUGUUUCACAAGCAGCCAUCAAAACCUCGUGCUCCUGUUUUAGGUCUUGGGGCCAGUGCCAAGAAGGCUUUAGUUAAACGUCCUCAGUCCCCUGCCCUGGCAUCACCAAGAGUGCUAGUGACCCCAUCUUCCACUGCCAAGUCAUCAACAGUCAGGUCCAAAUUACAAGGGUCCGCAGCAAGAGGUGUGCAGUCUCCUUUCAAACCAUUAGCUGGUGCCUCAAAGAAACUGGAGUCUCCUGCAUGCAACUCACCAACUUCUGCUCUUUCACAGCCUGGAAGCAAAAGUUCUUCAUGUGCAGGAGCAAGAACAGCUCCUGCUCCCUCUGAAACAUUGCGCAAACGUAUUCGGUCCCCCGAUGCUACCAAGGUGAAAUUUGCCCUGCCUCAGGGCUCCCCAGCACCAGCACUCCAUCGUGCCCUCUCACCCUCUAAAAAACAACCAUCUCUCUUGUCUGGGACAGCUGGAACAACCACUUCAAAACAGAAGUGUGUCCCUGCUAAAUGCAAACCUGUAUCUGUCACGAAAACCAAGGCAAAUUCAGCUGCUCCCAGGGCUGCUCGGCUGCCAGUUACAAAUCUGUGCACUGUUGCCAAGUUUGCACAUUCUCAGCAGCUCCUUGCAAAACCUGCUGAAAAUGAUAUUCAGAGGUCAGGUGUUGGGUCUCAGCAUCCUCAGAAAGCCCCACAAACAACUUCUCACCUAGCAAGGAACUUGAAGACUGCUUCUGAGCUAAAGCUAUCUGCUUCUGCACCUUCCCUUGCAGUUAGCAAAGCAUCAAAGCCAUCACCUCCAUUGUUACCUACAAGCAAAAGUGUGUCAUCAACUGGCAGCAAGCAGCCAAAUGCCAGUAAUACCCCUCAGGCUGGACCCUCUUUAUCCAAACCUGCUGAACGCACACCUUUGUCUGUUGUACGGCUUCCUCAAACUUCAGCCAAAGCAGCAGUGACCAAAAAGCCAGCACAGCCUUCCACAAAAGGUCAGCAUUCAACCAAAAACUUGCAAACAAACAAAAGCUUGGCCCCAACAGCCAAGAAGCCACUCCCAAAGGAGCAGGCAUAUAACAGAGGAACACCUGGUGCAUCAAAAGAUCCUCUUACGAAGAGCAGGCAAGAUGAUCAUUAUUUUGUUAUGACAGGGACUAAAAAGCCCAGAAAGUAAACUAAUUUGUUACCUUCUGAGUGCAUCAAAAGAUCCUCUUAUGAAGAG